AUGACCGCUAUUGCAUUCGACAAGUCCCAAUUUGCGUCUCUAAACGAGUAUGCAGACGCUCUCAAUGCGCAACUAAAGGGUAAAACGGCGCAGGAGAUCGUAAAUUGGACGUUUGAUACCUUCGGCGCGCGCACGUUGCUAAGCUCGAGCUUCGGCAUUCAAUCAGCUGUCAUGUUGCAUCUUGUACGCAGCGUGAGCAUGAGCAUUCCCGUCGUGUGGGUGGACACUGGUUACUUGCCUAAGGAGACGUAUCAGUUUGCUGCUCAUCUGACUAAGGUGCUGGAUCUGGACGUGCGCGUGUACCAAUCGCCUAUCUCGCCGGCGCGAAUGGAGGCGCUUUACGGUAAAUUGUACGAGCUCGAGUCGUAUGAGGCCUAUCGCCAGUAUGGCUUCAUGCGCAAGGUGGAGCCCAUGCAGCGUGCCUUGAAGGAACUUGACGCUGAGGCACUACUCGUAGGUGUUCGUGGUGAUCAAACCCAACACCGCCAGCACAUGCAGCUGGUGAACGUGUACGAAGGUCGUCUCAAAAUCUGCCCCAUCCUCAAUUGGGACAAGAAGGAGGUCGAGAAGUACAUGGCUGCCAAUCAGUUGGAGUAUCAUCCGCUGAAGGCUAAGGGCUAUGAGAGUGUGGGUGAUGAUCAUUCCAGUCGCCCUGUGACGGAAGCGGAUAAGGGCAAUGACCGUGCAGGAAGAUUUAAUAGCAAACAGCAGGAGUGUGGUCUGCACUUGGACAUGCACGACAUGAAGCUGGAAGACUUCGAGUUCAACGACCCGUUGGUACUCUCGGAGCGCGACCAGGAGCUUCUGGCGCUUACAAAGCGUGCGAAGAGGAUUACUGUAUUCACGAAGCCCACGUGUAAGUUCUGCCUAGCUGCCAAGGACAUCAUGCACGAGCGUGGAUGGGAAUUCGACGAGUUUAGUGUUCCCAGCGAAGUGUCCAUCCAGUCACUACAGCAGAUCGUCGGCCGGGCUGUCCAGACUGUUCCUCAAAUCUUUUUGGAUGGUAAAUAUAUCGGCGGCUACAUGGAAUUUGUGGCACACCUUGGUAUUUCGUCACGCUUUUCCUAA